GCAAGAAUCAUUCGUUAUACGAUCCAGCAAACAUGAAAGUUCUCGUAGUUCUCGCUCUGGCUCUGGCCACCGUCUCCGCCGGCGCCCUGCCCAAGGUGCUGCCUGUGCAUCCCCGUGACAGGACUGUCAACCCAUCGAUCGAGGGUCGCAUCACCAACGGCAAGGACGCUGUGGAGAACCAGUUCCCCUACCAGGUGUCCCUCAACUUUGGAAGCAACAGCGGCGGCUGGUUCUGCGGUGGCUCCAUCAUUUCCGCUGAGUGGAUCCUCACUGCUGCUCACUGCACCAGCGGUGCCUCCUCUGUGACCGUCGGCUAUGGUGCCACUGUCCGCACCGCACCCAAGUUGUCCCAGACCGUCUCCAGCUCGAGCUUUGUCCAGCACGCCAGCUACAACUCGAUUGUCCUGCGCAACGACAUCUCCCUGAUCAAGACCCCAGCUGUUGCCUUCACCGCUGCCAUCAACAAGAUCAACCUGCCCGCCAUCUCCAGCAGCUACUCGACCUAUGCCGGCCAGACCGCUGUAGCCUCCGGAUUUGGCAAGACCUCCGAUGCUUCCACCUCCGUGGCCAGCAACCUGCAGUAUGCCGAGCUCACCGUCAUCCCCAACGCCGAAUGCGCCAACACCUUUGGCACAUUGAUCGUCACCGAUAGGGUCAUCUGCGUUGGCACCUACAACGGUGUGUCCACCUGCAACGGCGACUCUGGCGGCCCCCUGGCCCUCAAGGACAUCCAGAUUGGUGUCGUCUCUUUCGGCUCCAGCGCUGGCUGCGAGGUCGGCUCCCCCGCUGGCUUCACCCGUGUCACCUACUACUUGGAAUGGAUCAAGGAAAACACUGGAAUUUCUGCAUAAAUGAAAAUUCUAGAAAGUUUUGCCUCAUAACAAAUAAAAUGCAUUUGAAAAAUUCCCGUA